AUGGGACAUCCAUCGAAGUCCAUCUCUGCAAGACUCCAAAUUCCAAAUCCUCCUCAUCUAUGCCAAGAUUGUCUUGCUGGAAGAUUUGUCAAAUCCAAACCAAAGAUUUCAUCUACGUCUGUGUCGAGACCUCUCGAACUCUUACAUGCUGAUAUCUGUGGACCUUUUCCGCACACAGGAAUAAAUGGUGAGAAAUACUUUCUGGUUAUUGUUGACCGAUUUACACACAUCACCGCAACAUAUUGCUUAAAGGCCAAAUCAGAAGCCACAGAUCUUAUUCAGCAAUUUAUUAACAAAGCUGAGACACAGUUGUCAUCUCAUAAUUACAAAGUUAUUACCUUGCGUACUGAUAAUGGAGGCGAAUUCGUUAAUAAGUCUCUUGAAACCUUUCUUGCAUCCAAAGGCAUCACGCAAGAACUAACAGUUGCCCACUCCAGCCAUCAAAAUGGAGUUGCAGAGCGUAUGAACCGAGUCAUCACUUCAAGAGCCCGCAUACUUCUUUCAAGCUCAGGAUGUCCUGCAUCCUAUUGGCCCCUUGCUGUUCAAAUGGCCACAUAUCUUGUCAAUAGAGAACCCAGCAGGGCUAUCCAAUUUGAGAUACCAUACUCGCGUUGGUUCCAUAAAUCUCCUGAUUAUUCUCGGUAUCAUCCAUUUGGAUGUAAAGCAUAUUCACUUAUUGAUUCUCAUGAGCGUCCAUCAAAGUUUUCCUCUGUUAUCUCGCCACUAAUCUUUGUUGGAUAUAGUAAACG